AUGACCUUCAACGAGGCCAAAGAGCGAGUUCUCUCUGCGCUCACCGAGUUCCCAAACGAGACAGACAUUCCAUCCAUCAACUCCAUCAACGACUUUGAGAUUUGCGUAGGAAGAUGGAGUAAAAAGGUGUGUUGGUUUCACAUCACCGUCUUUCCUUCCCCAUUAUCUGACUCUUGCACCUCGGGCACAGACGCUUCGGGUGGCAAACUGGAGUUUGAGAUCAUUGACGGCGAAAAGCGAAUGAGGGACGUGUUUAAUAAACCCUGGGAAACAGCCUAUCUCAAAUUUAGGAAUUCAGACGGGAGCUUCCGACCCGUUCAAGUCAAGUUCGCGAAGCUAGUUGAAGACGACGACGAAGAGGAUGAAGAAGCAGUGGACAACUGA